AUGGGAGAACCCGUUAAUGCAUACUUAGCUCGGCUGAUUAUCUUGACGUCUGCAGGAUAUCAACUAGCGGCCGCAAUUUUCGGGUUUCUAUACCCCAAAAUUCUUUUUGACUUUGCAACAAAACAGCUCGAUUGUCUUAUUACACCGAUACCAUUUCUGCAGAUUCUCAAUGUUGCCCUUAGCCUGGUUGUUCUCUGCUGGGAAUGGCCACUCUAUUACGUAGCGGAAUUAUCUUUACAACGAAAGAUCUUACCUCGUCUUAUCAUCUACCCAGUAGUCUCAGCAGCAGCAAUAGGAUUAUACCAGGCAACAAAUGCCGCUUUAUAUUAUCUGAUUGGGACUUUAGUUUACCUCUUGGCCUAUAUUUCCGAGCGCGAGGGAUAA